AUGUCUUGUAGCAGCAGCAGCAACUGCUGCUGCUGCUGCCCCUCAACAGCAACAGCAGCAGCAGCAGCUGCCGACGCGGCAGCGACAGUUGCCGAAGCAAAUGCAGCAGCAGCAGCAGCAGCUGUUGCUGCUGCUGCAGUACCUGCGCCUUCUGCUGCUGGGGGCCCCUGGGGCCCCCCAGCAGCAGAAGCGCAGCAGCAGCGGAGCGAUAGAUUUAGAGUUUUCUGCGGUCAGCAGCAGCAGCAACAGCAAAACACUCUGCAGCAACAAGAUGAGGUGCGCAUACACCAGGCAGUCUCGGAUGUUUUAAACAGCCACGAGCAGCAGCAGCAGCUGCUGCAGCAGCAGCAUCAGCAGCAGUAUGAGCUGGUGCAGGGCAGCAGUAGGGGAUUAGAGGUAGCAGCAAUCCGAAUGCCUGUCAACAGCAGCAGCACCACCGACUUUGCUGCUGCUGCUUCUGACCUGCUGCUGCUGCUGCAGCAGGAGCUGCUGCUGCAUAACCAGCAGCAACAGCAGCACGCAGGGCCAUCACGUGCGCGGUUGGUUGCAGCGACAGCAACGCGACCAGCAGCAGCAGCAGCACUUCCUGCUGCUGCUGCUGCUGCUGCUGCACCAAUAGUCGGCCUGCUGUGGAGGGGGCCCCUCACAUGGAAGCUGCUGCCUCUGCGUGUCUCCUUUCAGCGGCAGAUAAACGUGCUGCAGCAGCAACAGCAGCAGCAACAGCAGCAGCAACAACAGCAGCAAGAGCAACAGCAGCCAACAGUGCAGCAGCACGGCCUUGCAGCGGGCCCGACGCAACAGCAGCAGCAGCCAGAACAGCAGCAGCAGCAGCAGCCAGAACAGCAGCAGCAACAGCAGAUUGCUGAGGUUUGGUUGACCCUGGGAGAAGGCAGCGAAGCGGAGCAUCUGCUGAUUCGACUUGUGCCAACCUCUGCUGCAGCAGCAGGUGCAGCAGCAGCAGCAGCAGGAGCAGCAACAGCACCUCUGCAGCUGGAGGUAGUUGCCGUUGGUGGUCCUGCUGCUGCUGCAGCUGCUGCUGCUCGUGGGGUGUCUCUGCUGCAGUUGGAUUUGCUACUGUCAAUCGCAGAUCUGCUGCAGGAGAGGCUGCAUCAGACUCAGCAGCGGCGGCAGCUGCUGCUACAGCAGCCUGGGGCCCUCACUAGAAGGAGAGCAGCAGCAGCGAGCGGCAGCAGCAGCAGCAGCAGCAGACGGCAGCAGACAGCCUUUCUAGGUGCUGCUGUGAGUGUGCGGCCUCUGCCUGUGAAGCCUCAUGUGGGGUGUCUCUAUUAA